UUUGAUAGGUUUUAUCAGCAACAUCUACACCACAACAUGAAGACCUUCAUCAGCCUCAUUGCUCUCUUGGUUGUCGCUUUGGCCGACAACGCCCCCUAUCGUCCCGCCCCCUCUUUUAUAGAGGAGCCCAUUGCCCACCAAUACCAAUAUCCCACGGUUGACGAUGUCAAAGACAGCUUUGCUCAAAACGAAGUUCGUAAUAAUUAUGCCACCAACCAUGUGACCCUUCUUACUGACAAUACCCAUAUUGCAAACAACAAUGCGGCUAAUGCCCAAUAUGGAUACUUGGCUGACGCCUACUCUAGAUAUUUGGCUGAGGUAGGAUAUGGGAGAGAGCCGAAGUACGAGUUCUACGCGCCCGUCCCUGUUUCUUCCAAGCGCACGCCUUCCAAACACGCUCCUUACCCGCGCACCCCUUACAGGCGUGCCCCUUACCAACGCACCCCUUACAACCGUGCUCCUCAUUCCAACUAAGAAGGCUCUUUUUCAUAAAUUUCUUUAACUUACUUUUCAUGUUACUUUUUGAGAGAAAUAUAUUUCCAUACUUUCAACAAUAUGACUUUAUACCUUGAAUGAAAUAGUCCAUUGAGACUAAGUGUAAACUUAGUAGGUUUCCUUUUGCCAUCAAGAAAGUGCUGAUAAAAUAAUUGCGAGUGUUCAGCCUUACUUCCUACUAGAGGGCUUUACUUCCUACCAUGACAAAUGAUUCUAAUAGAUUUUUGUUUAUCAAAUGCCAUAGUUUGCUCAAUCAGUAGAAUGAUAUUUCCACUAUUAUCUGCCCAUGUAGUUUACGUGCAUUUGUAUUUUGGUUUGAUAUUUUACUGGCCUGAUAAA